UUCACAAGUUAUAAACGCUAAACUUGAAAAAAAUUACCCAAUUCAUAAGGCAUAAACACUAUAGUUUAAAUGGAAAUUGCAGGAGCAGAGCUAAGCAUAGCAGAGCAGGAGAUGCAACUCUCAGUGAAUAAAUUUGGAGCAAAUUCAUAUGCAAAUCCAAUCCGAAAUGCAAGCCCGAAUACUAGUUGUAGAGGUACAAGCCCGGACAUGUCAAAAUCCAUGGUAGAGCGCGUAAUUGAGGUAGACAGGAGAUGGUCUGUGUAUAUUCACAAUAUGAGAGUACCGAGGGUGUUUCUGAAAGCCCUUGAGAUUUCCGGAGAUGAGUUCCUAUGGAUCCCUGUAACUGCUGCCCUCUGGCUCGCACCAUUUUCUUCCCCUGCAAUUCCCAAAAUCAGGUGGGUUUUACUCAAUCUUUUAAUAGGCUUUGUCUUUGACCUGGUAGUAGUAGUCUCUCUCAAGUCCACAAUUAAAAGGCCCAGACCAGAGUACAAUAAAGGCAUGCAUUUGGUAUUCUCUGUUGAUCGCUGGUCAUUCCCCAGUGGCCAUGCUUCCAGGGCUUGUUUUAUCGGCUCCUAUGUAUGCUUAUGCCUGCAAUUAUUGGAAGCACAAAUGCCUGGAUUUGUUGUUGGUAAUCUAAGUGUUGGGUUUUUUAGAGCUGUGGUUAUAUUGAUAAUGGUGUGGUCCAUAGCCACUUCCACUUCAAGAAUUUUGCUGGGUAGGCAUUAUUUGCUUGAUGUUAUAGCAGGUGGAUGUUUGGGGGUGCUGGAAGCUUUGAUUGUUCAUAACUUGCUCUCUGUUUCUGAAAGGGUUUCGGAAGCUUCACAUUUGUGGGUUGUGGCUAAUGCUUGUAGACAUCAAACAUAUUUGCCUUAUUCUUUCUGCAGGGACCACAAUGCAGGAAUUUAAUGUCUUCUCUGGUUUGAAUU